AAGAGAGUUGAAGAGCUCAUUGAAGCGGAACUUGUGCAGCUGAUCAGUCAGGCGUUGCUGCAGCCGUACCUGCGGUCGAGAGACCAGGUCUUGAAGGGAGGGGAGGGAAAAUGUGGGGCCAACCAACGCUGACAAGGCGUUGAGAGCAGGGGCUGCCGCUUGGAUCUAGGGUAGGUCAAAGGCUAGGCCGUAGGCCCGCUUUGAGGCAUCCACGGGGCAGCUCGGAAGCGGUUGAGGACGUCGGCUGCCGUCAUUCCGACCAAACCCACAAAGGCUGCACGCGCAAUCGUCACUGCCGAGAUAAUGGCGGCGUCAUGUCGCUCGGCGGCUGCCAGGGAGAGAUCGGGGUCCGGGGGAAGGAGGCGCAGCCAAUAGUUCAAUCGGGGUGAUGCACAAUAGCGGAGGAGUAGGCCCGGUCCUUGCAGACCCAUCUGAGCGAACGUCACGAUAGCCUCAAGCAGUGGCUUGUGGCCGUCGAGUAUCUUAUCGAGGCCGCGCCGGACGAAAGGGGUGGUGCCAAGGGGACAGCCGAGGACGGUGAUGCCUUCGGCAGAGCACUUGACACCAGACCUGGCGAUCUCGACAGGGAUGUCGGACGGUUGCAGCCAGUGAGGGCUCCAGGCAGCGCUCUUAUCCCGCCGCAGCUUCAGCUUCUUCUCCGCCCGGAGCUCCUCCGCUCUGUCCACGUAUCUCGUCACACGUGUCUCGAGUAAUCCACCGUCGAUGUCGUCCAUGAAAGCGCCCACAAAGCCGUCCGGGAACUCCUCCUGCAGCUUGACGAGGGCAGGGUGGAGACCGAGAAAGAAGAGAAGCGGCCCCGCGGCGUCGCCCUGCUGGGUCCCUUCCUGACUGAGAAUGGUCUCGGCGCUACCGUCCUCCAUACGGUACCACAGCUCAGCCGGGGUGCCUUAGGACUGCAAGAAGAAGUCGACGAGCGAAGGCCACUUUGUGUCGAGCUCGUCCAGAAUCGCCUGGCGAUCGAGUUGAAGGCAUCCUUAUGAUCCACAGUCACCAGCACACGCCGACCAGAAGCAGUUGUGUCUCUGUGAAGGUCUGGCAGGCCCGAAACAGCUUCUCACCGCCUGCCGAGGUGCCCACAGCAAACUGCAAAGGAGAGAAGUCGUCUUCGAAGGCAAGCUUGUUGUCCAUGCACACCGCCUUCGUCAUCCAUCGCCGCAGCACGUCGCCGACAGCAAUCGGCCAGACCCCCCCCGUUGUCCUUGACUAGCGCAAAGAGACAAGCAGCAGAGAUGACCUUGGUGCAGCACUCGGGCAUGUCUCCGGUGAGCAUUCUGCUGACGAGGGAGGACAGCGGGGACUGGUCCUGCGCUGUCGCAUCCCCCUACCGCGUAAAGUGUACCGCUGCUUCCUGAUAAGGUGACCUCGAAGCUUCUCCGCUGCUUCCUGAUAAGGUGACCUCGAAGCUUCUCCAGUGGGUGAAACAGCCAGACAGCUCUGAGUGACGUUGGAGCUUCCCCCCUUUAGGUUGGGCCACGCUUCCAUUACGUUUCCACCAAGCCUUCAUUCGUUAAGGGAGCUGUCGAGCCGUAUUGACCAAGAGAGCGCCUCAGCAUGCCAUUGGUUCGGACAGUGGGCCAAGCUGUAGACAGACUUUGGGAGAAGGGAUCCCUCGGCAUCAGGUCCUCCAGAGUGAAGACGAAGACGACCCUUCUCGGCCUCGUCGAAAGCGGCUAUGAGUCAUUGGAUAUCCCGUCCGAUGACAAUGCAAUGGAGAGAAAGCAAGCAAGCUCCAAGGGGCAGUUUCUACGUCGUCGCAUUGUAUCGGCUUUCUUGGAGCUUCAAAUCAUG